UCUCUGAGAAUUCUCGAUGUUUCUAUGUGUGCGUGUCUCUGUGUGCGUAUAAAUGUUUUAGAAUGUUCAAUCAAUUUUCAUCAGUUUACAGUCAGUUUCAAACGAGGUCCAUUCAAUUUAGUAAAAUUAGACAAUUGUGAACAAAAUGUUUAGGAUCGCAUAAGCUAUAAGUCAUGACCAAGAAUAGUUUUGCUCUCGUGUAUAUUGAAUUCGUUCGAUCGAUUCUGAUUGAAAUAAAAAAAAAAGUUAAAUAAAUUCGGAUAUUUUGCCGAUUUAGACGUUUUGAAAUGUGAAUAAUGCCUGAAAGACUGAAUUGAAUCAAUUUUUCAUUUGAUUUUGUGCGACUAUUGUGCAUUUUCUCGGUUGAUUUUGCGAGAGUGCUUACUUGAACGGCAUUGAAUACACUCAAUUCUGAGUGAUUGCGAUGCAAUGCAAAAUCAAAAGUGAUUGUUUAAACAUAAAAUAACGUAUAAAGAACAUUUUCAUAGCAAAGAUAAAUAAGACGUAAUAAGUUAAAGGAAAAAUAUGCUUUUGUCAUUGGAGAAUAAGGAGUUAAAUCCACUUGAUAGUUCAACUACUACUAUUCCAUUGCAUGUUAUGUCUUCCACGGAAUCAUUGCGAGUGAAUGGUUUGGAACGUAAUACGAGUAUUUGGUAUCUAUUUAAACACAAUUGGCGUCAAUUGACGUCUCUUAUUCCAGGAUUGCUUUUGUUGUGCGCACUUGGAAAUUUGCACAUAUCAUGGUCUUUAUGGAAAAUGUACAUGUACUUCUAUUAUUAUCAAAAUGUGGAAAUGGUUGUUUUGUUGGCCUUUCUGAUAGGAGCGGCGGUUGGAUCCCUAAUAGGUGGCUUUCUCAAUUCGAGAUACAGCAAAAUUUUGAUCUAUUAUUCGGUUUCCGUGGCCAUCGUACCAGUUAGUGUGGCAUUUGUUUUGCAUCGAACGUUGCCGUAUUUAUUGUUAAUUGGACGUGUCUCCGCUGGAAUUUUGUAUGGCGUUAUACUAAUUACACUCGUCCUACACAUAGCAGACAAUUCAAAUCAAUAUAUGCGCCGACAUUUUAUGUGGACCAUUACAGCGAUUAAUCUACUUCCAACGAUAAAACUGGCCGAAAUCAUAUCCACUGUAACCGGUGAAUGUAUUGCCUCAUCGAUUGGUGUGUUGAUGUUUGCAUUGGCCAUUUUAACAUUGAUUUUCAUGCCAUGUACCUAUGAAUCGAUUGUAUUUUUGCUCAAAAACGGCACCGAUCUGCGUGCCCUUGAAAUUAUGCUAAAAUUACGAAAUGAAUCCCGCCACCACAUAAGACGCGAUUUCAAUGAAUUCAAAAUGAUGCUGGCCGAAGACUACAGUAAUGAUGGUGAAAAUAUGUUUAGCAAUUUGCGUCCAUUAUUUUUAGUUCUAUUAUUACGUUUACUUAGCGUUUUAUUAACAAGCAACUGCAUUUACUGGUUAUUUUUAGCAAAUAUUUGGUUCGAUUAUCAAUAUUGGAUGUGUUCAACACCAACUAUGUCCAAACCAUUGUCGGAUGUGUUCGAAAACCUCACCCAUUUCAAUGCAAGCGAGAGUUUUGCUCUCGACAAAAGUACAUCUGCCGACGUUAAUGGUAAUACUACAUUGUUUGCAAAUUUAAUUAAUGAAACUCUUUCCAAUCAAAUCGGCUUCAACAACGAUUCGAUUUCAUGGGCCAGAAAUGAAUCUAUCAUUUCAGUAGCAAACAAUUCGACGAUCUUAAAUCAUUUGUUUAUGCAUAGCGUCAAUUCAUAUCAUUUGCCUUCGUUUCGAAUCACAAAAUUCAUUUUGCUUGUGACUGUAGUGAAAAUAGUAAUUGGUAUUCCAUUUUUAUGUUUGGCGGAGAAAUUUCAGGUCUACCGCAAUCGAAUUAUAUUGAAAGUUACGAUUUGCGUUGCCGCCAUAAAUCUAGUUUUCUUCGUUGGAACGUUAGUAUGCAGUUAUACAGAUGAUUCACUGCUAUUUACAUUUUACAUUUCAAAAUUACUGUGUGUGAUUUAUGGUUUUUAUUUGCUUGUUGCAUUUUCCAUUGACACCGUCGGCUAUUCCGAACUCUCCGAAACGUUUUCACUAAAACUACGAUACGGAUGCAUUGCAUUCAUUGCAAUUUGUGAGCAUUUAUGCCAUACAAUUGCCAUUUUAUUGGUAAUGAAUGCGCUGUUUAGAUUCUAUUUUCAUGUGCUACAAUCGGCAAUUAUUUGUUUCAUUUGCUAUUUGUUAUUGAAAUGGAUGCCCAAUGAGUGCUUAACAUGCACACUGCGUGCGGCUCGUGAUAAACAUUUUGUAAAAAUGGCCACGGCGAACAAUUAAAUAUGCACACAACACUGAACAAUUGAAAAACAUAAAAUUGUAUUUUAAGUUGACAAGUUUUUGUGGCAUUCUCGAUGCCAUCCAUUAUGUAAAUAGGUUUUAUUUUAUAUAAUCGCAUAAGAUAACAAUGUUGAUGAACACAAUAAAUUAGAAACAUAUUUAAAGGAA